AUGGGCCCCUGUACCGCCUCCCCAUGCUGCUGCCAGGCCCGUAAUCUGCCAUGGGCCCCUGUACCACCGACUCCUCAUGCUGCUGCCAGGCCCGUAAUCUGUCAUGGGCCCCUGUACCGCCUCCUCAUGCUGCUUGCCAGGUCCAGAGUGUGUCAUGGGUCCCUGUACGGCCUCCCAUUGCUGCUGUCUCUAUCGCCACACUCUGCCAUGUGCCACUUUCAGGUCUCCUCACACUGCUGGGUGGUUUCCAUUUUUGUCAUAGGGUGCUGUAUGGGCCUCCCAUUGCUGCUGCCUCCACCGCCACACUGUGGCUCCACACUCUGGUUUUGGCCCCGUGACUGCCCAAAUGAGUGAAGUGUGCGGUGAUUCUAAGAUCGACGGCACUCAUCUGCAUGUCAUACUGACUGACAGUAUUAUUUCUCUUCCCCAGCAGACUCCAAGGGCAUUUAAAUUAAAGGUACAGUGUUCUGCACUAAUAUUA